AUGAACAACACUACGAUCCUACCCACGACAGGAAUUUCAAACCCGCCAUCGCCUAAUAGCAACGUUGACAUGGCUCUUCAAGUGUUGUUUGGCGUUAUCGCCGCGGCGUCUUUCCUAUUCAAUUUGUUGUUCUGCGUCCUGCUUUUGAAAAGGCCUUCCUUGUUGAAGAAAGGACACAAUAUUCUUCUGUUUAGCCUAGCAGUGGUUGAUAUGCUUACCGGUGAGUUCCGUCAGUUCCCAUCACCCAGGGAUAACUAACCACUCAUAGGCAAAAGGGACUUAGGCACAAAUGUGCCGUCUCAGUUUUCUUGGUGAUGUAGGCAGUCCUUAUAAUUGGGGUGACCUCAAAAGAAUUGCAAUUAGUCUUUGAGGUAAAGUUUAAUUUAUUGCACAAUUCUUUUCACACACUUCGUUUCAUUUCAUCAUAUAUGGCAGGGACACCCAACGUCAAUUUUAAGAAAAAAUCUGUUCGGAAGACGAUUUGAGAUCUAGCAUUUUCGGAACAUUUUUUUGUAAAAUUUUUGCUUGCCUGCUUCUUGUAGGAUUUUCGAACGUCUAAAAAAUUGUAUAAUUGCCCGUUUUUAACGGAUAUUUUACACUAAAAAGGUCACCUAGAAUUUUCGGGAGCCUUUUUCUGGCUGAAAUUCUCGAAAAGGUAAGUUUUGAUCCCUAUCAUUUUAGGGUCACUAGACUUUCAGCUAGGAAAUCCGAACAGAUGAAAACUUUUUAGGGGAUAAAAAUAUGCCUAUAUCUACCGUUUAAAUAUUAAAAUACGUUUAACAAUGCUAUAUAUGUUUAAGUGGUUUUGAACUAUAUUCUCGCUGGGCACCCCUGAUAUAGUUAAUACUGUGAUUGAAAUGGUUGUAAAGCCAUCAGACUCCUUUGAGGACGUGACGGUGCACAACGUUUAAUAGCUUUCCUUUGCAUUAAUCUAUUCAGUUACAAUUUUUCAACAAAAAACAAAGGAUUGUGGACCGUCAGAGAACUUCCAACAUAAAUUGCAGCAUGAAUAGGACAAUUGCACGAUGACGACUUUGCAUUAAGAGCGGUUUUCACAAUUGCAAAACCAAAACCAAAGACGAUAUUUGACCAACAAAGGGCUUACCAAAACCAAAACCAAACCAAUUCAUUUUUCGGUUUUGCUUUGUUAUUUAAAUUGUCAAUCCCGCUGAGGAUUAAAGAACAAUGGCCUUAAUUUGCAUAAGAAAACAACAAACUCAAGGAUUCUGGUAGUUGUAGUAACAUGACGUCAUCGUGCAAUUGUACUAUUGUUGUUUUUAUCUUUGAUCAAUGCCGCCUUUCAUAACCAGCCUCCUCUACUAAGUAAACUAUGAUUAAAUGCAUUUUGUUCUGGUUUCUUUUUUCCUUUUAGGUAUUUUUCUGGUUGCUACUCCAGGAUACGUCAUUUCUAAGUCCUCUUACCCAGUCCCCGGCGGAAUAGGAGGGGAUAUUUUCUGUCGUCUGCUAGAUAACAGAUAUCUGCUGUUUGGAAUGGGCAAAGUAUCCAUUCUUCUCGUAGCCUGUCUUGCCAUUGAGCGUUGGUACUGCGUGCUAAAGCCUACUCAAUACAGGCAGCAGUUUAGCAGAAAGCGUAUCAUUAUUUACGUUUUCGUGUCGUUCAUUACAACUUGUAUUCUUUCAAUGAAUAAGUUCUUUGAAAACAGCCUAGCUGGCAACAUAUGCGCUUCCAAAAAAGCUCCCUACGGAAUUUAUGGCACAAGAGCUUUUGUCGUCGCCUACAGUUUUGCCGCGUUUUACAUUCCUUGUUUUGUAACAUGGCUAACGUUUUGCCACAUCACACUGCAUUUUCCAUCAUCCCCCGGGAACAAUAACGAAAGCGUCAAUAAAAAGAGGCGACAGAGAGCGUUAUUGCGCAUGUGCGCUUUAACGGCCAUUGCCCUAACUGUUUGCGGCUUUCCCACUCAAACCUUUUACAUUCUCUAUCCUUUUGGAAUUACGAAGCUUGGUAGCCCAUUGCAUAAAGGAUUUAACGUUCUAGCGCUUUUUAAUUCGUGCAUGAACCCUUUGAUUUAUUGGAUCACUAAUAAGGAAUAUCGAAAAGAGUUCAAAAAACUUUGGGGUUGUAAAAAAGGUAGUGAAAUAUCUCCUGAGCUCACACAAGCGUCAGUGAGCUAA